AAUGUGAUCGUAUUAAUGAGGUAGCUGCGCACUUUCAGUUGGAUUCGGUACUACGAAUUUCUCAGCCUCAUUGACUGAUUCUCGAGGACACUAAAGUUUUGCACAUGCUACGCGUUUUAUUUGCAUCAUCUUCGGUUGGAGUUAUAAUAAAGCUCUUGUUUCCUUAUGUGAUAUUUUUACAUUUAUUGUUAUUAAGGGUUUCAGUUAUCCUUUGAUGGUCCUAUAUCUUACUCCAAUUUGAUCGUAUGUUGAUUGUUAUAGAAAUAUACAUAUCGUCAAUCCUUGCAUAUUAUUAUCCACUUAGCUCGCGUCAGUGUAUAACGGAAUUAAAUUAGUCAACUACAAUGAUGAAAUUUGAAUGAGCAUAUUUCAUACAAUCGUUGAUCUGAACUGACCACCUGUCAGAGAAACGAAGCGAAAUGACCCUCAGUGGAGAGGGCAUGUAAGCCAACUCGUUUUAAUCAAGCGUGACUCGAUAUUUAUAGUCAGACAAAAAUAAGCUACAGAUAUGUGAUGAGUAAGAUAGGGUAUGCACAUACAUACGCUUACAUAAAAGCAGUCAAAGUUGACAAGCGAAUAAUUAGCAAGGUCAAAAUGUGACACAAGAAAAAUAAAUAAAUCGGCCUGUCCGGAAGCUAGAAUAAGUUAUGUGGCCUUGCAUAGCAGUACAAUCCUGUCAUUAAUAUUCAGGGCUGAAUCUUGAUCAUUCUUUGUGUUUAUAUGUGCGUUUGGUCCAGGGACAUUCAGCUUGUUAAUCUCAAAUAGGAUAAAAGUUACAUCCCGAACUCUAAUACUAAUUAAAUUUGCAUAAAGCCAAAGCAGUGAUUUGGGCAUUCAUUAUUUUUCAUGAUUUCCCAUCAGGUUCUAACAACCAUAUAUAUAUAUAUAUUAAGAUGUAACACUGAGGUAUGAUAUAAUGCGAAACAACUGACAUUGAUGGCGGAAAGAAUUAGAAGUACAAGGAUUAUCUUUGUAGAAAUAGGCGUGAAGUGAUUUAGAGAUUUGAACACGUGAUGAGAAGCUAUGAAAUAUAGUGAAUUAAUAUUAAUCUGCCCCAAUCAUUGUUUUAGCAUUAGUCAGAUCUAUAAAAGAAACCAAUUGGAUAAAACUAAUUAAAUUUCAUGUAGUCUAAGGAACUUGGUUUCAUAAUUGUGAAACACGUUUCAUCCACCAUAUAUUCACGGUCCAACAAAUCUUUUAUGAGCUUUGUUCUUUCUCUCUCUUUACUAAAAAAGUUGGAGUUGUUGUUUACAGUCGUUCUCAAACUAGAUUUUAACGGUAAUUUUUUACCAUAAUUGACAUUCUGUGUAUUUUUCACACAAAUCGUUAUAAAGUAUCAUUCUGAUAUAAUUUUCUUUUUGUAUCAGAUACCAAAUGUACUCAUGUUAACAGGUGUCCCAUGUAGCACUACAGUGAAAUCAUUUGUAAAAGAAAUAACAGAAUUCUUCAAGAUUAAUCAUCCAGACUUGAAGGUAAAAUGGAUUGAGCCGGUUUAUUUAGUUCGAAAUUUGAUGGAACUCGAACAAGCAAAAGCUGAAACAGAGAUUUAUCUACGCGCUUCAGUUGAACAAUUAGAAAUAACUGGUGAACAGCCAACCUAUCAUAAUUUCGGUACUAUUUGUCAUAGACGGGGUAUGAGUAAAUCAGACGCCGAUGCAAUUGCAGUGUAUAAAAAACAAUUAGAUGUGCUUGAAACACAAAUCAACACUUUUUACGCAAUCAGUGGCCUAUCGAACAUUGAAUUUUUAAUGAAGGAAAAUCCUGGAAAAAAUCUUACUGAUUUACUCGAUAUACCGCAUACAGGAAUUGUUUUUAUCGGUCUAGAAAAUUCAGGACAAGUUCUAAGAUUUCUGUCUUCAUACACAACUUAUCCGCUGCAUAUAUUUCCAAUCAACAAUACUAUACAUAUACAAAGCUAUUGUAAACAACAUCGUCCUUGGCGUAAUUUACACUAUAUUGAGAAACCAAAACGAUCUUAUCUAUUCAGUCAUGCUUAUUUAGCCCCACCAUCAUCAGACUUGUUGUGGCUGAAUAUAACUUCCACAACGCAUCAUGGAUCUAAAUGGUGGUUACGUGUAGUUGGAAUUCGUGUAGCUGUUGUUUUGUUGGCAUUCGUCUUAACAUCACCUGUUUAUAUACUUACUAUUGUAAAUUUUACUGGAUUAUUCGACUGGUUGGGUAAAAUUUCGCGUCCAUUUAUUUCUAAAUGGGUCCCGGCAUCAAUUUUAGCAGGGGUCUCAGUACUUCUAACACGUCUAGUAAUCAUCAGUGAAUAUUGGACGAGACAUAAGACACGUGGAGGUUUAGAAAGUGUUAUCUACCGAAAUGCUUAUUGGUUCUUAUUUUUUACAGUGUUAUUAUUACCUUCUCUUGGAAUAACAGGUUUUCCAGCUCUGUUACAUCAGCUUAUAACAACUAAAGUGAAUCAUUCAAAUCCAUUUGCUUUUUACGUACCAUUUCGAACAGAAUGUAUAUUCUUACCAGACAACGGUGCAUUAUUUAUCAAUUAUGUAAUAACAUGUGCAUUACUUGGAACAGGUUUACAAAUUCUACGUUUGGGUCAUAUUUUUCGAAAUUUGGUUAGACGAUACAUUUACGCUCAUACUGUGGCAGAAAGAAAAAUUUUCUCUGAACCUCAACCGGAAGCAUUCGCAUUUGGAGAAAACUAUGCAUUUCUGUCAGUUGUUCAUACAAUUAUUAUUGCUUACACACCAGUGUGUCCAAUCAUCUACGUCUUUGGUUUAGUGUACUUUCUAUUUAAAUUUCUUAUCGAUAAGUUUAUGCUUGUAUGGAUUUAUGAUCCGUUGCAAUCAGAUAUAUGUGGAUGGACUGAAAUAGACAAAAAGAACUAUCAAUAUAUUUAUCAUUUGAAAUGGUUUCUUCAAUCAGCUCGAUUUAGUUUAACUGGAGUUUGUAUGGCAUCUAUCAAUGUGUUUGCUUUUUACUCACUACGAUGGUCUUCUGUAGAAUUACGCCCACUGAUCAUCGCCUAUUUUGUUUUGACUAUGGUUACGAUAAUAAUAUCUGUAAUAUUUUCUGCUUUUGUCAAAUACCAUUUAUCUUCUCUUAUAUGCCCUGUUUCUGUAUGCAGAAAAUAUUCCGGUCAUUAUCGUAAACUGAUUGACUAUAAUCAAAACGAAAUGAUCUCCAGCUCAAUUAUAUGCACUUGCCCUAAAUUAUACCUUGAUACUUCUAUAACUGAAAAAGAUUACACAAUUCCUAUUUUACGUAAGUUCAAAUUGUGAGAAAUUUCAUAUCUAUCAAAGAUACAUUUUAGCAAUCUUAUAAACAGAAAAAAAAACAACUUUAAACUUCGGUUUUGGUUUUGAUUAUUACUUUUUGUAUAUUGAAAUGUAAUUUACCGUUACUUCUGCAAAAAGACCAUACUGACUUCAUUGUUAUAUUUCCAAUAUCUUAUUAUUUAAUAUUUUUUUUCCAUAUUGAACACAGAGUUAAAGGAUUUAAUCAAGUUGUAUGAAUAUAGAACAAUGAUUUUUCCGAUUAUCAAUCUUCUUAUCUCUGUUAAAUGGACAUUGUUUUGACACUAAGAUCAAUAAGCCAACUGACACUUAAAAGAUUUUAUAAUUUCUUAAGUUCUUUUAAUAAGUGUAAAAUCCACAAUAUAUAAUUCAAAUGUAUUUAUCAUAAUCAAUCGAGAAAAUCAAGUUACAUACGCAUAUAUACAUAUAUUAGUGAGGGUAUGAUAGUUUUCAGUAUGGGAUGAUCGAGCAAUAUCAUGGAUUGAUUGAAGUUAGACAUUAAAACCGCUGUAUGCCAGCUCAGUGGUUCAUAGGUUAAGUGUUCUCCCUGGAGAUCAAUGGUCCUGAGUUCGUGUUCCGCAUGUGUGAUAGUGGAUGUGCACUGUUUAUGGGUCCCGUACUAAAAUGAAAUGGCCAUUCAGUGAUUCUGGGUUUUCAGCGGUAGUCUCACCUAGAUCGGUUCAUGAUUUCAACUAUUACCACUACUACAGUCUCUAUAAGUACUUAAUUACUUACCUACGCCUGUUACUCCCAAUGGAGC